AUGGCCGCUCUAGAUGCUGGCAUUUGUAUAAAUGUACAAGCCUGGCAACAUUACUACACGACGGCCAUGAGGCCCGAUGGCAAGUUGAAGCGGCAGGCGGCACAGAGGGACGCCGAGACCAGCUCGGGACCACGCGGGGCAGCCUGGGCCGAAGGUGCAGGCCAAGCGCCUCCAGCGGUCAAUGCUGCCAAGUAUGGCGCUAGCUACCGG